CAACGGCUUCUCCGGUGUUUUCUUAACAGACGCUGUACGUCCAACAACGCAGUCUCCUGGAUGAACUCCUCGCCAUGAUGAAGGAUCUGAACCGGGCCUUGCGCGAGGAUCCACAGCCGCUGGACCACUGUGAUCCUGGACACUUUGUGGCCGCGUUACGUGAGGAAGACUCGACGUGGUACCGCGCCAGGGUCUACGACAUCAGCAAAGACAGCGUCCACGGAGCAGCGCAGAAAGGCGGCUCGGCGACAGUCUUCUUCGUGGACUACGGCCAUUGUGAGGCGAUGCCGCUGGACGGUCUUCGCCGUCUUCCAGAAGCCCUUCUGAACGAUGCAGCUUUCGCGGUUCCUGUGGUCCUCCAUGGGGUGCCCGCGCUCUCGUCUCGCACUGCCACCGCGCUUCAGGGCAAGUUCGUCGAAGCGCAGGUCCUCGUCGACGAGCGUCCUCAACAGGUCGCCCUGUUCACCACCGACGACAACGUGCGUUUAAACGACGUCAUCAGCACCUUCGAUCAUUGAGUCAUUGAGUGUAUGGAAGCCAGCACUUUCGAACAUUUAGUCCUGUCGUCAUUGAGUCUUCGGACGUCAUUAGCACCUUCGAACAUUGAGUCAUUGAGUCUUCGGACAUCAGCACCUUCAGACAUCGAGUCUUCGCGCGUCAUAGGGUUUUUCGACGUCAGCAUCUUCGAACGUAGAGUCACCGCGUCUUUGCGUCACUGAGCCCUCGGAUGUCAGCACCUUCGGACGUCAACGCUUUGGACAUUGAAUCAUUGAGUCUUCGGACAUCAACAACUUCGCACGUUGAGUCAUUGUGUCGUUCAAUCUUCGGGCGUGAGCAUCUUCAGACAUCGAGUCACUGCGCCAUUGAGUCAUUGAGUGUUCAGACUUCCAAUCGGCGUCCGUUAGAAGCCCAUUGGGAGCCCUUUACCCAAUGGGCUUCUAACGGACGCGAUUCUAAACUUAUUUCCUGUAAAUAAAAGCGAUAAAAUCGG